GAGAUACCUCUCUCGAGACACCUAAGUACGGCUUGUAAGGAAGCUCUGGCAUAAAACGCCUCUUGGAUGACCGGUACACCUAUUUUAAAGUGGGGGCUGGGCCUCUCCGCCGCCGUGGCCGGCGUCGUCGCCCUGGCUGUGGUGCGUUUCCAGCAACCUCUCGGUCCUCUCCUCCGACCCGACUUCCUGGCGGAGGAGCACGGACAAGGGCCUCAGACCUACUGCUAUCAAGGCGUUCGUACCCAUGACGCCGAUCGGCCGGUUGCUCAAUGCUUCACGGUAGAGGAUGGGAAGUUCACCCGCGUCUUCCCCUGGGACGACGCGAGCCUGACCGUCCGUUCUGGUCUCGUCAUCCCGGGUCUUUGGGACGGUCAUGGUCACCUGCUCCAAUAUGGCGAGUUUCUCCAUUCUGUCGACCUCUUUGGCGCCUCGUCUUUUGACGAGGUGCGCAGCCGCCUGAGAGACUAUAUCCGAACCCAUCCCGAUGCCGGGACUCGGCAAGAGUGGAUUAGAGGCGUGGGAUGGGACCAAAACAUCUAUGGCCGGAUGCCAACUGCUGCAGAUAUCGAGGAGGAUGAGGUCCUCAGGGGCAAGUUCUUCAUGCUGGACCGCAUCGACGUCCAUUGUAACUGGGUUUCCCAAGCCGUCUUAGACUUGCUCCCCGGCGAGGUCCCAGACGUCCCCGGCGGCGAGGUUGUCCGUAAACCUGGGAUGGGCGUCUUCUGCGAUAACGCCAUGGACAUGAUCGUGAACAUGUUUCCCAAGCCCGACAACGAAAGAAAACGCUCCUUUGUGGCGACGGCCAUGUCCAAGCUCAAUGAGGUCGGCCUGGUCGGCAUGCAUGAUGCUGGCGCAUCCCCAGAAACGCUACGACUGUAUGCAGAUAUGGCGCAUACGGACGACUGGACAGUCCGAGUCUAUUCCAUGCUCGAGUGUCCCCAGAGGAACACGUUUUGCCCGACGGAUGCCGCCAAUGUCACCCAAGAGAGCGACAUGUUUACUGUCAAGAGCGUAAAGCUCUUUGCAGAUGGAGCCCUUGGCAGCUGGGGCAGUGCCAUGCUCGAGCCCUACAGUGACCGUCCCGACACAUCGGGCUCCCUCCUUGUUAAUGCCAGCACCUUGACGGAACUGGCCAAGUCCUGGGCAUCUUUUGGCUACCAAGUCAACAUCCACGCCAUUGGCGACUUGGCCAACCGACUCGCCGUGGACGCCCUGGAAGAAGCGCUAAGGACAGUCUGCCCCGGCCAAGAGGACCUGUCGGAGUGCCAGGCCAGACGUCGCUUCCGGAUCGAGCAUUCUCAAAUCAUCCACGAGGAUGACCAGAAGAGAAUCCAUGCCAUUGGGAUCAUCCCUUCGAUCCAGCCGACGCACGCCACUUCGGACAUGGCAUAUGCUGAGCUGCGCCUGGGCCCAGAGCGAACCAGGAGAGAGGCCUAUCGCAUGCGCUCUCUGCUUGAAGUGAAUCCCAUCUUAGGCAGCGACUUCCCCGUGGAACCCCCUAACCCGUUCCAGGGAAUAUAUGCAGCCGUGACGCGAAAGAGCCCGCACACCGGCUAUGGAGCUGGUGGGAGCACUGACGGGUGGCAUACCGACGAGGCUCUAGACCUGGACGAUGCAUUACUUGGCUUCACCAGAGGGCCCGCCUUCGGUGCUUUCAUGGAAGGGAAAGCAGGGCUCAUUAAGGAGGGCGCAUUUGCCGAUUGGGUUGUCCUGGAUGAGCCCCUUGAGGAUCUUGUUGACCUGGAACAUCUCCGCGACUUUCCCGUCAGGGAAACCUGGGUGGCUGGCAGGAGAGUGUAUGAGCGCCCUUCAGAUUCAGAUUCAGAAGUAGAUCUGUAAAGACGUAGAAGAUAUCGUCCACGUCGGAUUCGGGAGUAUCCAUUGUGCUCGGCGUUUGCAUGCGAACAAAACAAACCAGGGUCAUAGCCAAGUGAUGAGCUUUGCGCGACCUAAAAAGAAGGGCACAGCCUUCUUGCGAGCCCCUGUUGCACAACGCGAAGAAUCCAGAAGUACAAUGGACCAAGUCAGAUGCCAAGUUUCUGCUGAUGAUGGAUCUGUUUAGGAGGGCGGCGUACAAAAGUCGAGGGCUACACAGCCACAGACGGACACAGCACCGCAUGACCACAUGGGGCAGCGCAUGACUAGGCUCUGUUAUUUAAGGCAGGCCAUGCGUCUUACUGGCGUGUGAAGAUGAAAGAUAUCGAGUAUACUCCGAUGCUUGUAUGCGGACACUUACGUUUCCUUUUCAUGGACAAAAUUA